AUUUCCAACGUAAUUGUAGCGAAGCUAAGUCAUUGACAAUGUCUUUAUCCAGUGUUAGAACCCCAACCCUCAUUAAUUCAGAGGAUAUUUUACCUGCUAUCAGCGGGUGUUUCGAUAGGCUCUCUGGAUUACAGUGGGGCUUGAUAGAAAAUGGGAUCUGGGACUCCGAUGUCCAAGUAGCACUGGCUGAUAUGAUUACUGAUGUCAUACAGUCAGUUAGCGCAAGCACCAUAAAAACUUUGCUUCUAGGAGGUCAGGACCAAUUAAAUGAUGCGUCAUUCCAGACAAGCCUUAGCAUAGCCGUGACAAAAAUAAGCCCCAUAUUGGGAAACUCUCUCUCAACCAGCUUUGCUGCUGCUCUUAAUGUCACCCAUGAGGAGUGUGACAGCGCUGUGGAGCUGACACAGAUGGUUGAGGAGGAGAUCUCGAAUAAAGUCAACUCGGGUUGGGUUCUAGUCCCAGAAAACCCUGAAUCUAUUUAUGUCACCAGAAAAAUAACAAACAUAAAAAACCUCAGAUGCAUGGUUUCUCAUGCUUUCUCAUAUCUGAAGAGAUAUAAAGGUAAGCUGAGCUGCCUGUGCAUGAAGACUUUACCCAGCUCCUUUAGUUCAAGCGUUGAGAGUCUUGAAUCCAAGCUCUCUGAGAUGGGAACAAUUAAAGAAAUAAGUAUGGAUCUCAUGAGGUGGAGUACAGACAGAGAGAUAAGUAAAGAUGAUGAGGACUGUCACAUGAUGUUACAUGAUGAAGAUGAUGCAGAUAAAGCUGCAGCUGACAUUGUAAAUGUGUUAAUUGCUAACAUUCAGUAUCCUGAUACAGAAGAUAUCACAUUAAGUGAGAAGUGUAGCUCACCCAAGCCUGCUUUUGAUGUGGACCUGGUGAUCAAAAAGGUGAAAGACUUUUUUGCAUCAUGCGCCCUAAUUAUAAAACCAGAUGAAGUAAAACAACACUUCUUCAGGUUUGCUAAAAAGGAAUUUGAAAAAAUGAACAGUGAGCUGAAAGAUCAGGUGAAGAAAAGCAAAGGAUAUUUGACCUUUCACAGACAACAGGCAAACUCCGCUGAGAGUGAGAGCGCUGACUCCAGGAAAAGCGUACACAUGAAUCCCUCAGAAGUUCCCAGAAAAUCACCAACCUUAGAAACCACAGUUAAAAGUUCUUCUCCACUCAAAUUUAGAACAGUCAUGCCGGUUAUGGAUAAACUGUUUAGUAAAUUAACACAGGCAGGACACCUUGACCUGACAAGUAAGGAAAUCGAGAUGUUUUCAAGGGAGUUGACAGAUAAAGUGUACGACCAUGUUGAGUCAACAUAUCCAGCUCCCACGAUGCAAAUGGGUAAAAGUCUCUCAGAGUCUGACAUGUCUAAGACUUCACAGGGUGAGUGUAACGUACCCUCUGCUCCUAAGGUGCCAUAUGUGCUCGUAGAAGAUUCAGUGGAAAGGUUCUUACAAAACCUUCUUUUCUGGUUGGAGAAUGAAACUUUAACCCAAACUAUUAUAAAUGACAAAAUUUCUGGUGCCGUGGAAGAUAUAGUAAGAGUGCUGACCUCAUCAAAGGAAGAAGUUAUGAUUGGACCAGAUGCUGGUGAAACAAGUGACAGACUGUUUAUAUCACAGUCAAGUCCAGUUACUGAUCUCACCAAUCAACCAGUCUGUGUGAGUGCAGAACACCCGGACCUGGUUUCAAAUACCUCUGAAAACCCAGAGGAAGAACGGUCAGAAACAUUAGUGUCACUUUAUGCUAAGCUAAUUGCCAAUCAAUUUAGCACUCUUUUAGCCACGAGAAUCGCACAAAAGUUGCACAAAAAUACCAGAAAUCUUCUGGAUCCAGGAAAAUUAGACUUAGUUAUCAAUCAUCUGACAGAGUUGGUACUUUCUGAAGUGAGAUGCACCAAAUCCCUGGAAAUUCUUAAAAAUAACAGGGUUAAAUUAGUCAAGGCCACAGCUGAAGGCCUUAUCAAGGAGUUUGGAUCUCCAGACAAGUUCUUCAAUGUAAUGAUAUCAGAAGAGUCAUCUUUUGACGGCACUAUUCUGAAGCACCUAGCAAUGAAUCUCAGUGAUCAGGCAUCAGUGUCUCACACAGAACCCACAGAAGGUCAAAGUCAGCCAGCAACCUCUGAAAACCCAGAGGAAGAACGGUCAGAAACAUUAGUGUCACUUUAUGCUAAGCUAAUUGCCCAUCAAUUUAGCACUCUUUUAGCCACGAGAAUCGCACAAAAGUUGCACAAAAAUACCAGAAAUCUUCUGGAUCCAGGAAAAUUAGACUUAGUUAUCAACCAUCUGACAGAUUUGAUACUUUCUGAAGUGAGAUGCACCAAAUCCCUGGAAAUUCUUAAAAAUAACAGGGUUAAAUUAGUCAAGGCCACAGCUGAAGGCCUUAUCAAGGAGUUUGGAUCUCCAGACAAGUUCUUCAAUGUAAUGAUAUCAGAAGAUUCAUCUUUUGACGGCACUAUUCUGAAGCACCUAGCAAUGAAUCUCGGUGAUCAGGCAUCAGUGUCUCACACUGAACCCACAGAAGGUCAAAGUCAGCCAGCAACCUCUGAAAACGCAGAGGAAGAACGGUCAGAAACAUUAGUGUCACUUUAUGCUAAGCUAAUUGCCCAUCAAUUUAGCACUCUUCUAGCCACGAGAAUUGCACAAAAGUUGCACAAAAAUACCAGAAAUCUUCUGGAUCCAGGAAAAUUAGACUUAGUUAUCAACCAUCUGACAGAUUUGGUACUUUCUGAAGUGAGAUGCACCGAAUCCCUGGACUUUCUUCAUAAUAACCUGCUUAAAUUAGUCAAGGCCACAGCUGAAGGCCUUAUCAAGGAGUUUGGAUCUCCAGACAAGUUCUUCGAUGUAAUGAUAUCAGAAGAUUCAUCUUUUGACGAUACUAUUCUGAAGCACCUAGCAAUCAAUCUCGGUGUCUUCAUGAAUCCUCCAAAGAAAUCCAAACUCGCCAGGUUUUUUUCAGCAGUGUUAAAAGCUUUUAAGAAGCCGUUCAGCCGCUGCUUUAAAGGCAGUACAGAUGACUAAAUUGUCAUCUUGAGUUUUUUCAAAUACCUCUUUUAAAAUCUUAAAGCAGUCUGGCCUCAGAGUUAACAUCUGAGGUAUAUUUUAUUUUAAAACUAUUUCAUUCGACUUUAAUUAGACUGAGAAAUAUUCUUCAUCGUGUCUCCUCAUUAUCGUUACCAUCACCCCCACCGGCCGCGGCAGAUGGCCGUCCCUUCUGAGCCUGGUUCUGCCGGAGGUUUCUGCCUGUUACAGGUAGUUUUUCCUCCCCACUGUCGCCAAGUGCUUGCUCAUAAGGGAUUAUUAAUUAAUUGGGGUUUUCUUGCUGCUACUGUAGGGUCUCUAUCUUACAGUAUAAAGCAACUUGAGGAGACGAUUGUGAUUUGAUGCUAUAUUAAACAUCUUAAAUUCAACUGAAUCUUAAAAACAUGUAAUAUAGCAUCACAUCACCAUCAAAUCAACAGCUGAAAAAUAAAACAAAAUAAAAAUAAAAA